AUGGAUUUCGAGCUAGAACCGACUUUGGAGUCUAUCGUGCACCAAGAUACCUUGAAAUGGGUUUUUGUCGGUGGUAAAGGUGGUGUCGGUAAGACAACCACCUCGUCCUCGAUCGCUGUUCAGUUAGCGUUGGCAAACCCAACCGAGCAGUUUUUGCUUAUCUCCACUGAUCCAGCCCAUAAUUUAUCUGAUGCUUUCUGUCAGAAGUUCGGCAAGGACGCCAGAAAGGUGGAAGGCUUGUCCAACCUUUCUUGUAUGGAAAUUGACCCCGAGGCCGCCAUGAGUGACUUGCAGAAUCAGGCUCAACAGUACAAUAACGAUCCCAACGACCCGUUGAAGAGCAUGAUGAAAGACAUGACUGGCUCCAUCCCAGGUAUCGACGAAGCCUUGUCGUUCAUGGAAGUGUUGAAGCACAUCAAAAACCAAAAAGUCGCUUCCGACAAGGAAGACAGCGACACCAUUUCCUACAAGACCAUUAUUUUCGACACAGCUCCUACAGGACAUACAUUGAGAUUCUUGCAGCUUCCUGCUACUCUCGAGAAGUUGUUGUCGAAAUUCAAGGACUUAUCGGGCAAAUUGGGCCCUAUGUUGAGCAUGCUCGGUGGCGGUGCUGGCCAACAGCAAGAUAUCUUCGAGAAAUUGAACGAAGUGCAGAGAAAUGUCAGUGAAGUCAAUGAACAGUUCACCAAUCCCGACUUGACGACCUUUGUCUGUGUGUGUAUUUCCGAGUUCUUGUCGCUUUAUGAGACCGAGCGUAUGAUUCAAGAGUUGAUGAGCUACAACAUGGACGUUAACUCGAUUGUUGUGAACCAGUUGCUUUUCGCCGAAGAGGACGAUUGCAGAAGAUGCCAGUCUCGUUGGAAGAUGCAGAAGAAGUACUUGGAUCAAAUGGGAGAGUUAUACGAGGACUAUCACUUGGUCAAGAUGCCUUUGCUCGGUACCGAGAUCAGAGGCGUGGAAAACUUAAAGAAGUUUUCGAAGUUUUUGUUGAAGCCUUACGACCCCAAGGCCGACAAGAGCCUUGUUUUUGAAUUAGAGGAAACAAAAUAG